GAGAGAGAGCGAGAGAGAGAGAGAGAGAGAGAGAGAGAGACGGGCAGGAAAACUCAGCUUGAGCUUUUCUUCCACUCUCCUUGAGGAACCGCGCGGACCUCGAGACACUUCUACCCAGUUUACCGAGGACACUGCUCGUGCGAGCGACCUGUUUAAUUUCCUUAUAUCAGGAAUUGAUAAGCUUCGCAUCUUUGAUUUUUUCCUUCGAUGGCACAUAGGAUGAGUGUCUUGACUCUUGGGCUUGUGAGGAGACUGUAGCAGUGAUCUGGUCAUGGCGUUUCCACAAGGAUACUUGUACCAGUCUUCGCUCUCUCUUUACUCUUGUCCUCCGUUCGGCUCGAGCGCGAUCACGGGACCGCGGACAGAUGAUCUGGGACGCUCCUCUAGCGGAUCUGCUUUCGCCCCGUACGCGUCCACAGCCUUCACAAACACCACAGUCUUCAACUCACUCCAGUACAGUCCCGAAUCCACAGCCCCCUUCACUUCUUAUGGGGGCUCCCCAUACGACCAUUCUCCAGGCAUGACUGGCUCUAUAGGCUAUCACCCGUACGCCGGUCCCCUGGGCCCGUACCCGUUUGGAGACCCCGCUUACCGGAAGAACGCCACACGAGAUGCCACCGCCACCCUGAAGGCCUGGCUCAGCGAACACAGGAAAAACCCUUAUCCCACCAAGGGGGAAAAAAUCAUGCUGGCCAUCAUCACCAAAAUGACCCUCACUCAGGUGUCCACCUGGUUCGCCAACGCCCGCAGGAGACUGAAAAAAGAGAACAAAAUGACAUGGACGCCGCGGAACAGAAGCGAGGAUGAGGAUGAGGAGGAUAGUAUUGAUUUAGAGAAAAUUAAUGAUGAAGACGAUGAACCGCUCAAAACAACCGAAACAACACAGACGACCAAAGAUUCAGUUGGCGAUGACUGCACAGAAAACCGCGCGGAAGAUCAGGACGACGCGACGGAUAGUGUCAUCAUCGACUGUGAAGAAGAGGAGAAUCGGACAGUCUCCGAGUCUCCGGUGCCCACGACCUCCUCUCCCCAAAACGAGAGGAGUGAAUCCAAGAAGCCCCUCAGUGAAACCUGCAAAGCCGCAUCUGUCAUUCAUUCUGCAAACCCGACCCCUAAACCCAAACUGUGGUCUCUUGCUGAAAUCGCUACGUCGGAUAAGGGGAGUGACGAACCGUCACAAACAUCUGGGGCGUUAUCGCCCGCCGGGUCACCUGCGCAAUGCCCCUUCCCCCCUAGACAUUUAUACUACGCUUCUCCGUUCUACGCGGGAUUCACGAACUACGGCACAUUCGGACACCUGAACGGCGCCGGUUCAAACGGAAUUAAUCAGGCUGUGUUACACAGAGCGAGAGACAGCAGACUGACUCAGGAGAUGUGUAAAGAACUCACGUUUGAGCACAGGAGGCCGAAUAUUUAGUGCUUUUAUAUUUAUUAUUUCUGUUUUGAAAGGGAUUUUUCAGUAUGGCGAACGGCAACUCUCCGAUAAAGCGCUCUCUGAACUUUACACGAAAGUUUUUAAUAUUUAAAAAGGAAAUGGUAUUGAAAUAUUCUUUUUCUUUAUUGUAAAAUAUUUGUGCAAGAGGUACUAAUUUAAAACAUUUUUGUAAUCUCAAUCAGCUGUUAAAAUGAUUUUGCUAGAUCUUAACCUGUCAUAUGGAGGACGGGGAAAAUCAUUUUUCAAGCAAAUUUGCUAAUGCUUAUUCUAGGUCAGUGGUUUUGUUUGUGCCCAGUAAAUUAUAUGUUCUCUUUAAACUUUAAACACAUAAAUAACACCAGAGAUUUUGAAAUAGAUAUGCGAGAGCUGUUUUUAUAUGCUUACAGAAGAGGAACUACAGGGUUGGCAUCAGGUCCAGUAUCAUGACAUUCUCUGGUCUGAAGAUAUCAGUCAAGAAAAUUCAGCUAAAAAGCUAUUCUUUAUAUUUUGACCCAUUACAGAUUCUUCUAUCAUCUGUUCUUUACAGAAAGUGUGCAGUGCCUUCCUGAUUUGCUCACAACUGUGCUACACCUACAUGGACUCAAAGAAAACACUCAAUAACUGUAACCGUGGCCUCCUGGGCAUAAUACAGAGGAUAAAUUGUAAAUUUAAAUAGCACAAGUCAACAUUUAUUGCUGGGGGAUUAUGGGACAGUACUCUUAAGUGGAGGAGAUAUUAAAUUUAUGCUCCAUAAAGCAUCUUCUCAUGAAACGUGUGUUGCUUUUUUCCUGUGAUGCGGAAAGAGCGAGGGGCUAAAAAUGUUCAAAGACCAUUUUAAAAGGUAUUAAAUGUGUAAAUUCAAAAUUUAGUAAACUCUUUGCAAGAAUGACAGGAUUACCACAGAUUCCCCAUUUCUGCACGAAUAGCGCAGUCCGACAUCAACAAACAUCAGAGAAGCGACUCAGGCCCCGUGGCUUACAGGGGUAAUACAACGUUUUUGUACACAAAACCAUGAAAAGAGGCUGCAGGGACUUGAAAAGCUCUCUAAUCCCUCCAGUAAAUUCUAAAGUUAGGGUGUAUAUUUAUACUCAGCGCAAUGCUAUUUCACAAUUCACUGAAUUCAAAGCUUUGUAACUGAAGAAGCUCUGUCGAAACUAUCCAAACUAUCCAAUCAUCUUGUGACCAAUGUCACAUUCAACGCAGUCAUUUUAUCCUUUCAUUGCUUUACAAGGGGGGUUUAGGGCCGCUAGAGAUGAGUUUUCUUUCUAUCUCGUUUCCAGAGGUGUAAACACAAAAUAUCACUAGUAAUUGCUAUAAAAUGGGUUCUGACCGCACAGCAGAUGUUUGUUUCUAAUAUAUCUUUCAUCUAGCUCUGUUAUUGCCAGCUGUUAAAUAUGCUUUAACCUCUUUUACAGAGGCGAUGUUUUGCUAUCUGUAAUUUUAAGAACAUUUAACAUAUCAUAUAGAUUAAAUGGCAAGGUAUCAAAAUCUGAUACAGUACAUCAGGGAUUAUUAGCCUUUUUUUCAGGGAUGUGAAAAGAAAAAUCUGAUUACUUUACAACAAAACAAGUUUGUAGAUAAAUUUUGCUCUCAAAAAUGUAAUGUCUCAUAUACACUGUAAAAAAAAAAAAGAAUUUAAAAAGAAUAAAAAAGGUUUAACUUAAAAAAGCAAGUUGCUUGGUUGCCUCAAUAUUUUGAGUUAAUUGAAAUGAAAAAAAUUGAGUUAAUACA